GUCGUUUUCUGAGUUUCAAGCUGUGAGUGAGGCCGCAGCUGCUGCUAUUGAUAAAACACCAGCAGGUCGACGAUCAUCCUUCGCAAGGGCCAGCCAAGUUCGUCGUGAAUGGCCGAGGAGCUCGGCGCCUGGGCCCCUUUAAAUGUGCACGCCCCGCCCUCUCUCCCGGAGCUCUCUCCCAGCCUCAUUAACCGCUCGGAGCUCUGGCGGAGAAUCAGAGCCGCUCUUCGGGGCAACCGUGAGCAGACGCGAGCCUCCGCUAUGGGCCCGGACAGCAGCCCCUAAUACGGCCUUUGGGUUUUUCCUUUUUACGUUAUCCUGAGGAGGGUCUCCUUUUGUUCCACCCCCCCCCCCCCCCCCCCACUACCCGACUCGGGAGCUCGAAUGGACGUCUCUGGGCUGGAGGAGCGGGAGGAAGGAGCCUCCGCGUGUUUGACUUGCCUGCCCGGAGCGGAGGGGCAUGUCGGAUCCGUGCGUGUCGGCAGAGUGGAAGUGGAGGUGGCGCCGCGAGGAUAAAGUGAACUUUAGCUCCGCGAUUUCUCCUCAUCCCCCCCCCCCCACCCACCCAACCCCCACCUAGCCUAAAGUCACACCAGCGGAUUCCCACACACCGUUUCCCCGAUGAGAAGCCCUCACCUGCGGAGAGGCUGCGCGAUGGUGACCGUGACGAUGAGUAAGAGCGCCGAGUGGCUGCAGGAAGAGCUGGAGUCCGGGGCCGCCGCGCUUCUGCUGCUCGACUGCCGGCCGCACGAACUCUACGAGUCGUCGCACGUCGAGGCGGCCAUCAACGUGGUCAUCCCGGGCCUCAUGCUGCGCAGGCUGAAGAAGGGCAAUCUGCCCAUCCGCUCCAUCAUCCCCAACAACGAGGACAAGGAGAAGUUCGUCAAGCGCUGCAAAAGCGACGUGGUGCUGCUUUACGACGAGGCCGGUCCCGAGCGACUCGAGUCCGGGUUGGGGAGCUCCGUGCUCGGGCUGCUCCUGCAGAAGCUCCGGGACGACGGCUGCAAGGCUUUCUACCUGGAAGGAGGUUUCAAUAAGUUCCAGUCCGAGUUCCCAGAACAUUGCGAGACCAAUUUGGACUGCUCGUGUCCCAGCAGCUCCCCGCCGUCCUCUGUCCUCGGUCUGGGAGGUCUCCGCAUCAGCUCUGACUGCUCGGAUGGCGAGUCAGACCGCGAGCCGGGCAGCGCCACGGAGUCUGAAGGUAGCCCGCUGCCCAGCAACCAGCCGGCGUUCCCCGUCCAGAUCCUGCCAUAUUUGUAUCUGGGCUGCGCCAAGGAUUCGGCCAACCUGGACGUGCUCAGCAAAUACAACAUUAAGUACAUCCUCAACGUGACGCCCAACCUGCCCAACAUGUUCGAACACGAGGGGGACUUCAAGUACAAACAGAUCCCCAUUUCAGAUCACUGGAGCCAGAAUCUCUCGCAGUUUUUCCCAGAGGCCAUUUCGUUCAUUGAUGAGGCGCGCUCCAAAAAGUGCGGCAUCCUGGUGCACUGCCUGGCCGGCAUCAGCCGCUCGGUGACCGUGACGGUGGCCUACCUGAUGCAGAAGCUCAACCUGUCGCUCAACGACGCAUACGACUUCGUCAAGCGCAAGAAGUCCAAUAUUUCGCCCAAUUUCAACUUCAUGGGCCAGCUGCUGGACUUUGAGCGGACGCUGGGCCUGAACAGCCCGUGCGACAACCACGCCGCGUCUCCCACCAACGAGCAGCUCUUCUUCACCACGCCCACCAACCACAACGUGUUCCAGCUGGACACGUUGGAGUCCACGUGAGAGCUGCGCAGAAGGGCCGCCCCGUAUUUUUUUUGGGGGGGGGUGGUUGAGGUGAUCCUGUUACCGCGGUAACCACGUGGCUGCGCUGGAGGCGCUCGCAGCCGCUUUAAUGAAUGUUUUAGCUCCAGGAAGCCCGGAGCGCUCGAACGUUGAGUUCGUAGACGAUGCGUCGGAAGCGGGAAGUUUUUAAGAAAGCGAAGCAGAGCUUUCAUCAAGCCAAGGAGACUUCUUCGUAUAAAACUGUUCGGGAGGGGGGGGGGGGGGCACACAAAUGUGCCGCACUCCUCCCAAGCGGAGAAUGUUGGGUCUUCGGAAAAAUCUCUCAUCGAAAUGUAGAGUUUUUAAAAACCAAGGAAUUAACACACACAAGUAUUUGUACUGUAUGUGCUGUUUGUAUAACAGGAAGAAAUGUCUAUAUGCAUUUUUUUGUAUGUUUUUUUUUGCGCGCUUGUAUGCACAAAUAUAUAUCAUGUAUCGAUAUAAAUAUAUAUAUAUUAUAUAUAUAUAUAUACAGGCAUACUAAUAAUUAUGGUAUCUUUGUCCAAAAACAGCGAGAUUGUAAGACUAAAGAAAAGGGGGAAAGCGGGGAAGUCAUCUUUGAUGAUCUAAUGCAGUUUGCACAGUUGUGUAGCCAAUGGCUCGCUGGCACUGACACGGCAGCCUCCUCAAGAGAAACAAGUGCGGGGACGAGAGGCCGGCCGGUCCUGAGGUGGUCCGCAAAAAAGGACCAAAGCUUAGGCUUAUCUUUGACUUUUGACCAACUCCGAUUUCACACUUAGCUACGUACGUCCUUCCCCACGCCGUCCCUACCAGAAGUACCGGUUGUUUGUUUCACAACUUCCUGCUUUGUGUCACUGCGCCGUAGCGAGGCUUUGCCAAACUGGUUUUUCCCGACCGCCCUGACUUUUUCUACUUCGGAGUCAGAGAGGGGAGGAAGCACUUAGCUUUAUCUUGGCAACCUUUGGCAAAGAAGUGCCUCCGUUCUGUGUAUCUAUGUACAAACCCGUUUUUAGACGGUAUGUUAAAGCCGGGUCUUUCGUCUGGUCCGGUUCCACACACACAAUAUAGUCGUAGACCCUUGGAGGUUGUAUCAGAGCUGUAACACGAGUCCCCCUUCGUAGUAUAGAACUCAUAACGGAGUUGGGCCAGUGAAGGCCAUAAUGCUGGGACGGGUGAGUGUGCUUUAAACACCCGGCGCUCGCUCCCCCAACGUCCUGUUGUGUUAAAAGCCAUUUGUCCGUCUUAAGUAUUUUUAUACGUAACGCCGCACUGAUGUCAUCCUUUUUCUGUAUGCUGUGUAAAAGCGAGCACAGUUGAACGCGCGUUCCGUGUCAAAAGCCUGCGUUACGGCUCUUAGUGUAUAGAUGGAAACUGCACUUACAUUAAACCUGGACUUGGGCAUGGAACAGGCCCACUGGUUUUAUGAAAAAACAACAACAACAACUUUGAAUCACCCGUAAGCCUUGAGUAUAUAUUGUACGAGAGAAGUAUUCAACCUAAUUUGGAUAUAGCGUGAAUAGUAAACAGAUGUAUACUGUUUUGUAUACCUGAGCAUGCUGCGGUACUGUAUGACUCAGCCUCUUGUUGGAUGUGGCUUGAAAAAAAAAAAAAAAAAAAGGAAUGAGGACUUCUUGUUAGUUUAUUAAAUGGACAAUUUUUUAAAAGGAUGAGUUGAAAUUUGGGAUGGAUGCCCCUUUUUCUUUUCACUAAAGGGAGCAAAAGCGUCUAGCUUUCGUCUGAACGUGUGCUGAACCUCACGCAAGAACUUGUGUAUUUUUCCAUAUUCAUUCAUUAAUGUUGACCGUCCAUGUUACACGAUUGGCUUCAUCUUGGCGUGUUUAGCGAUGCCUAAAUUGCCCGUAGGUGUAAUUGUGAGUGCAAAUGCUUGUUUGUCUCUGUGCCCUGCAAUUGGCUGGUGACCCGUUCAGGGUGUACCCCGGCUCCUGCCCGUAGAUAACUGGGAUCGGCUCCAGCACUCCCGCCACCCUUGUGAGGAUAAGCGACUCGGAUAAAGAAUGGAUGUAUGUACAUCACGAGCUGCCACAACUGGGAUAAAUUUUGUCGUGAUUUGAACAUAAAUGCUGAAAAAACAACAACUUAUUACAGUAGUUAAACUUCAGACUUUACAACUGAGUUAGCAUCAGGAAAUUAAUGUUGUUUUGCUUCAUGAAAUUAAGCCUCCAAAAGCCAAUGUGUCGAUUGAUCAUAAAUGGUAAAAAAUAGCUUUCAAUAUAUAUAUACAUAUUUACAUUUUAGUCUUAUUGAUGUAGCACAAGGAAAGAUGUUUGUUUUGGGGUGCUAGCCAGUUUAGCUAUGUCAUGCUAACUUCGUAGAUUUUUAGCAAAUGCAGAAAAAAGAACAUCAUACCAUUUAUUCCACUGGUUAACUUAUGACUUUACCCAGACUUUGGAUCUAUAUUUUCUAUAUUUCUUGUGGCAUUGGCAAAUUAGCUACUUGACACAAAUGUAACCAAACUAAUCUGAUGAGUUGAACAAAUGUUGCUUUUGCUCUGCAAAAUCUGAUUCGAUUCCACUCCAACGGUUAACUAAGAUGACAACGGCAAUUUUGUUGCGAGUUUCUUGUGUGAGGUGCAGUGUUUGCGAUCGGAAACCGGAUAAUUUGUUUAUAGUGCUCGGCUGUGAGCAGGGUUGGUCUCGGUUGGCCUUACAAGUAUUUUCUAACACUGACUGUUGAAAACUCUUUGUAUCUCAAUUUUUACAAAACCGCUGUGUUAAAAAAAAAAAAAAAUCUGUGUGGAAAGUUUUUUUUUUCUUUUAACUGCCACAGGUCACACAUUGUUCUCUUUAUUACUCUGCAAUACAUCAGGAGUCUUUUUUUUUUGUAGAAACAAGACCUCACGUUUUUUUGUACUAUAUUGAUGGAAUUAUGAGUGCCAUCUUGACACACUUGCCCUAACUCUACUUUUUUUUCCCCAUCUCUCUCUCUCCAUAGUCUUGUCAAAACCAAAUUUUCGUGUCACUUCGCACUGUUUCUCGGGUAUAAUUCAAUUUCAUUUCAAUUAUCUUAUGCAUUAAACGCUGAUAAUUUUCUUGUCACCUAACCUUGGCUUUGGCAACUUUCUCUCCACUACAGUGGAAACACAAAAAACAUAGACAUAAUCAUACAUUUUAUACAAUAAUUCAGUUUUACAAUUAAUUGAUUGUUAAUCCUACCAUCAAUCAAUCAAAUUUAAUCAAAUGUCUGUCAAGCUACAUUUACAUUUUUGGUUUUAAUGUGCUCUAUGCUGUUCCUGUGGCCUUUUAAUGUUGGUAUAUAUAUAUAUUUAUAGAACAUGUUAUAUGCAAAUGUAUCCCCCACCCUCUUCUACCCCAAAAAACACUUUAACAGUGUUGGACUCUUGUUUCAGUAGCUUUCUUUUUUUAUUUUUAUUUUUUUUUCAUUUUGUAAAACUUGUGUUUCCAAGCUGCUUUUCCUGUCUUUUAUCAUUACGAUGGGGGGGACAAAAAAAAAACAACCCCAAAACGAAACAAAGACGUUCCCACAUCACAGGAGCGGAUAUUUCUGUGUCCUUAACUUGUAGCCACAUUUGGGUGUCAUUGUGCUCAGGGGGAGGGAUAAAAAGAUAUAAUGAUAUAAAGUGAAAAGUAAAUGGAAAAAAAAAAAGUUACCUCAAUGAGAGAAUUUUCAGGGAUUUUUUUUUCUGGUGGGGAGGGGGGCAAUGCGCCUUUGAUUCAUGUUGUAUUGGACGGUCGUUUUGUAUGGAAUGGCUGAUUUGUGUUGUUUUAACACAAACUGCAUGGGCGAGGGAAGGAGGACACGUUGAAGGAAACACCAUUUGCCCAAUGUAUUGUAUUGUACUGUACAGUAUACUCAAACCACACCACACCUGUUUAUACUGUAAUAAAUGUUGACAUAUUUUUUUU